GGGUGAAGAUAGAUAAAUCCAGGCGAGGUUUCAACUUUCACCCAUAUCCAUCUAUAUAUUCCUUCUGUAUCCGUAUUGUUGCCCUCUCAGUUUGGAAAAUCCGGCCGAAUGCUUUGGGCCCUCUUCUCUUUCUCUCUCUAAAGCCGCGCAGGGACUCCAGCCCUUUCGUUCCAUCUCUUUUUUGCUCUUACAGGAGAUUAAUCUUGCUUUAUUGUUCAUUUAGACCCCUUAGAGGCAGACAUGGCGCAUGCAGUAGUUCAAUCAGCGUAUUCGCUUUCUUCAGUUCGUUUGGUAAAUAAUAGGCAGUUCAAGGGAUCUAAUGCAACAAAAAGUUCAGCAACAAUGUUAUGCAGUGCACAUUUCGCUCCCUUAACGCUGACGGGGUUCACAGGGCUGCGGCGAGCUAAUGCCUUAGACAUGAUGGUGCGGCAAGCUGGCCAGACACUUCAAUCAAAGAUAGCAGCAAAAAAUACCUUUGCCAAACGAGGAAAACAUGCACGAAUGGUUCCACGAGCCAUGUUUGAGCGCUUCACAGAAAAAGCAAUUAAAGUCAUUAUGCUUGCACAAGAGGAGGCAAGACGGCUUGGCCACAAUUUUGUCGGAACUGAGCAGAUCCUGUUGGGACUUAUUGGUGAGGGCACAGGGAUUGCUGCUAAGGUCCUCAAGUCCAUGGGAAUAAAUUUGAAAGAUGCCCGUGUAGAGGUGGAAAAAAUAAUUGGACGUGGUAGUGGAUUUGUUGCUGUGGAGAUACCUUUUACUCCACGUGCAAAGCGUGUUUUAGAACUGUCUCUUGAGGAAGCCCGCCAGCUUGGUCACAAUUACAUUGGAUCAGAGCACUUGCUGCUGGGAUUGCUCCGCGAGGGUGAAGGAGUGGCUGCUCGUGUCCUUGAGAAUUUAGGUGCUGACCCCAGCAAUAUUCGAACUCAGGUUAUUAGAAUGGUUGGUGAGAGUGCUGAGGCUGUUGGUGCUGGUGUUGGUGGUGGAAGCUCAGGCAACAAAAUGCCUACACUGGAGGAGUAUGGUACUAACCUGACCAAGCUAGCUGAGGAGGGUAAGCUAGACCCUGUUGUUGGGAGGCAAGAGCAAAUUGAGCGUGUUACUCAAAUUUUGGGACGGCGCACAAAAAAUAAUCCUUGCCUGAUUGGAGAACCUGGGGUUGGGAAAACAGCUAUUGCAGAGGGCCUCGCUCAGAGAAUAGCCAAUGGGGAUGUUCCAGAGACUAUUGAGGGGAAAAAGGUAAUAACCCUGGACAUGGGUCUUCUUGUUGCUGGGACAAAGUAUCGUGGUGAAUUUGAAGAAAGACUGAAGAAGCUGAUGGAGGAGAUUAAGCAAAGUGAUGAAAUUAUACUCUUUAUUGAUGAGGUACACACAUUAAUUGGAGCUGGAGCUGCUGAAGGGGCAAUUGAUGCUGCAAACAUUUUGAAGCCUGCAUUAGCUCGGGGUGAGCUACAGUGUAUUGGGGCCACUACACUAGAUGAAUACAGGAAGCACAUUGAGAAGGAUCCUGCUCUAGAAAGAAGGUUUCAACCUGUCAAGGUCCCUGAACCGACAGUAGAUGAAAGCAUUCAGAUUCUUAGAGGGCUUCGAGAACGCUAUGAGAUACACCACAAGCUUCGGUACACUGAUGAAGCUAUAGUUGCUGCAGCUCAGUUGUCCCAUCAAUAUAUCAGUGACCGCUUUUUGCCCGACAAAGCAAUUGACUUGAUUGACGAAGCUGGUUCCCGUGUUCGGCUGCGUCAUGCACAGCUCCCUGAGGAAGCCAGAGAACUUGAGAAAGAGCUCAGACAGAUAACAAAGGAGAAGAAUGAAGCUGUCAGAGGUCAAGACUUUGAGAAGGCUGGAGAGCUGCGUGAUAGAGAAAUGGAUCUCAAGGCACAGAUAUCUGCUCUUAUAGACAAAAACAAGGAGAUGACCAAAGCAGAAAGUGAGGCAGGGGAUGGAGGUCCAACAGUCACUGAAGUUGACAUUCAGCACAUUGUUUCUUCUUGGACAGGUAUACCCGUUGAGAAGGUGUCAACUGAUGAAUCUGAUCGCCUCCUUAAGAUGGAGGAUACCCUCCACAGGAGGGUCAUUGGGCAGGAUGAAGCUGUCAAAGCCAUUAGUCGUGCUAUCCGCCGUGCCCGAGUCGGGCUCAAAAACCCCAACCGACCUAUUGCGAGCUUUAUCUUUUCUGGUCCAACUGGUGUUGGGAAAUCGGAACUAGCAAAAGCACUGGCCACCUACUACUUUGGAUCAGAAGAAGCCAUGAUCCGACUUGAUAUGAGUGAGUUUAUGGAGAGACAUACUGUUUCAAAGCUCAUAGGGUCACCGCCUGGUUAUGUUGGUUACACCGAAGGUGGACAACUAACUGAGGCCGUUCGACGUCGUCCCUACACCCUUGUGCUUUUUGAUGAGAUUGAAAAAGCCCAUCCUGAUGUCUUCAACAUGAUGCUUCAGAUUCUGGAAGACGGUAGGCUGACUGACAGCAAAGGCCGAACUGUAGACUUCAAGAACACACUCUUGAUCAUGACAUCAAAUGUCGGAAGCAGUGUCAUUGAGAAGGGAGGCCGUCGCAUUGGUUUUGAUCUAGAUUAUGAUGAGAAGGAUAGCAGUUACAACCGGAUCAAGAGCUUGGUCACAGAGGAGCUGAAGCAAUACUUCAGGCCAGAAUUUCUAAACAGAUUAGACGAGAUGAUUGUAUUCAGACAGCUCACCAAGCUGGAGGUGAAGGAGAUAGCUGACAUUAUGCUGAAGGAAGUGUUUGAGAGACUGAAAAUCAGGGAAAUUGAACUUCAGGUGACUGAGAGAUUCAGAGAUAGGGUGGUUGAGGAAGGAUAUAACCCGAGCUAUGGAGCUAGACCACUCAGACGAGCUAUUAUGAGACUUUUGGAGGAUAGCAUGGCCGAGAAGAUGCUUGCACGUGACAUCAAAGAAGGUGAUUCAGUUAUCGUUGAUGUUGACUCUGAUGGCAAUGUGGUAGUUCUCAAUGGUACCAGCGGCACUCCUGAACCGUCUCCUGAACCAGUAGUAGUCUAGAUUUAGCUAUUUAUUUCAGUCUCUACUGGUGUUUUUAUCACACUGCCGUGUUUGAUUUGAACUGGACUGAUGCGUUUAACUUACUACAUCGUUGACCUGUAGGCAGUGAACUCCAAAGCCAGUCCAUCAGUUUUGAUGAGUUAUAGGCUCCCAUCUCUAAAACUAGCUCCUAGGCUAUAUUUAUAUUGAAAUGUAUUAUUCUUAGCUAGGAAGAAAUUUUACACUUGCUGAUGCAAUGAUGAAGGGGACCUUGUUGAUUAUGGUGACAGUGGUAUUAUUUCUUGUUAUUUGUAGAGACAUUCUGUUUUUCUGUUAAGUUCUUAAUUCAUUUGA